AUGGCCCUCGCCUAUGCAUGGGGUCUGGUGCUGGCAAUAUACCUACUCGGUCACGGACUGGUAGCGCUGCCUCGCAAGAUGUGGCGUGGUGCGUGGACGGGCGAGAGGCUGCGGAGGCUGCAGCGGCGGGCAGUACGGGUACACGACACCCUGGUUGAAGCUGGCGGGAAGGUCGAGGAGCUCAGGUGUCUGGUUGGGCUGCUGAGGCGGAAAAGGGGGUUGAGCUUGGAGAUGCAGGAGUGGGUUGACGAACUGGUGGAGGCUGCCGGGCAGGACAGGACGGCCACCGCUGCCGUGCAGACGCUGCAGAGCGGAGGGAGGGCCACGGUGCCGCAUGUCAUCACGGAACGGUACAUGGCCGGCCUGACGAGGGACCUCUACCGCGCUCGACAUAAAUAUGUCAGGUAUACGGAUACCUGGUCCCGGCUGGUGCGUGAAGCACACGACUGCCAGAAGAUACUGGACUCAGCUACCUCGAGACACCUCGUCUUUGACUCUCCUUCGUCCUCGCCCUCACGAGCCCUUUUGACGCCUCACCUACGCUACAUACUAUACACCCGCAUCAUACCAGCCGUGCGCAUCUUCCUCGCCGCCGUCUUUGCCUGUCUGUCCGUCUCCAUCCUCUGGUCUGAGCUGGUCCGCACGUUUUUCCCUUUUCUCUCCAUCAUUGCCCUUACCACACCCUCGGCUACAUCCAUUGGCUUCCCUUCCCAGCUCCUUACUUCCCUUUGGCUACUAUAUCUCUGCACCGCGGCGGGGACAGGCAUCUCCGACGCUCAGGUAUGGGGGAACCGCACCCUCGUCACUCGCAACACAUACCACGAGUCCGCGUGCUGGUACGCUGGCCAGAUCGCCCGUCUCACCGUUCCGUUGGCAUACAACUUCCUCACCCUCUUACCCCGCGACUUACAGCGACGAACCACCUUCUUUGACUUUUUGGGCAAGGGCAUCAACCUCACGCUGAUAGGGGAAGGGUUCGACCUCUUUUUCCCACUAGUCAUUCUCCUGCCUGUUGCGGCGACGGCGUUUAAUCUCUACGGCAAGGUAAAGGGGUUGGUGGGACUAGGUGAUAUGGAGAUUGACGAUGAAGGAGACGACAACCCUAGUGGCUAUGGCACCGGAGGAUGGAGGGAGGGACGCACCCUUAUUGAAGCCGAGCUGAACGGACCCGGGUAUCUAGGUUUAUCCGAUACAAGAACAGGCAGAAACAGGACCAGUACUGCUCGCGCUGCCCAGCAUACGGCGCCAGACGCCCUGCCACGCUACAGAGAUACACCGGCGGAGUCCAGAGCCGGUACUGCACAACGACAUGUACCGGCCGACGGAGAAGAGGGAGAAGAUGACGAGGAGGAAGGGUUCUUCCAGUCAUUUGCUCACAGGGUACGAAACACCUUCGACACCGCAGGCACACCCAAGUGGCUGCAGGAGGUCGACGCAGGCUUCAAGCGGCCGCGCUGGAUGGGCGGAACAGAUGACGACGGCCCUUCGACCACUCCUCCAUCUGAUUCAAAUCCGUCUGCCGGUUUUGCGAGAUGGUUCGGUGGCGGUUCAGGUGGAGUGCGGCUCUAA